AUGAAGACCAGACUAUCAUCUGAUAUCCUCAAGAUCCCCGACGGAGUCACCAUCGCUGUCAAGUCGCGCAAGGUCACCGUCCAGGGCAAGUAUGGCGACCUCACCCGCGACUUCUCGCACGUCCCCAUCGAGAUCAGGCUCUCCAAGGACGGGAGGACCGUCAUCUUGAUGCAGUGGUUCGGGACUAAGUCCAUGAUCGCCACCAUCAGGACCGUCAUGACACACAUCAACAACAUGAUCACGGGUGUCACCAAGAAGUACCAGUACAAGAUGAGGCUUGUACACGCGCACUUUCCCAUCAACUCUAACAUCGCUGAUGACGGAAAGUCGAUUGAAAUCAGGAACUUCUUGGGAGAGAAGCGCGUCAGGGUUGUCAAGGUGCUGCCAGGCGUUAAAAUCGAGAAGUCCGACGCCGUCAAGGAUGAGAUCAUCCUCACCGGUGUGGACGUAGAGAGCGUCGGCAGGUCGGCUGCGCUCAUCCACCAGUGCGCCCUGGUCAGGAACAAGGACAUCAGGCAGUUCCUCGACGGUAUCUACGUCAGCGAGAAAGGCCUUGUUGACCAGGAGCUUUAA